ACGCUGCCGUACAGUCGCAACAACAACAAAAAGCAUGUGCGCAGUGCGGUGAUUCCCGUCUUUGGGUCCCUUUCGGUUCGAUCUGCUCACGGAAGCGCGUUUUGUGUGCCCUUUCUUGCUGUUUUUCCUCAAAUUUCCUUUCCAGCUAUCCGCUGGUGCAAGUUUUCGAUUUCCAGUGUGCGUGAGAAUUGUAUUUCCUUCAGCUUCCAUAUUUCGGUGUGCAUUUUUAGUUGUUGUUUCACGUGGUUUCCGUUCCAUACACGCGAGUCCGCUGCGAACCAGUUGCGUUUUUGGUGCGUGUGUUUUAGAUUCCGCAAGGGGGCAACCAUGAGUGAUGACGAAGACUGUCCCCCGCUUUGCGAUGCGAUGGAUGCGAGAGACGACUCGAACGGAGAGGAUGAUGAGUGGGAGGUGGCCGAGGAGCAGAACGAUCCGGUCAAGUGUUUGUUUUGUGAAACGAUCUCUCCAACGAUGACGGUGGCCAUUCGGCACGCCAAGCAGCAGCACGAUUUUGAUCUAGCCGGCGUCCGGAGGCGGUUUCAUCUGGAUGAAUAUUCCUACAUCAAGAUGAUCAACUAUAUUCGGCGCGAAAAACCGGCCCCGGAACAGUUCAAAACGGCUACCGGGAGCAGCUUACCGUGGGCCGACGAUAAGUACCUUCAGCCGGUAGAGAACGAAACGUGGUUAAUGUUCGAUCUGGACGAGCUGGACGAAAUUAUGCUGAACAAUGGCAGCGGCGGCAGCGGCGGUGCUGGUGUGGGUGGCAACGGUGGGGUGUCGGGGGAGAAAGAAACCGGCAGUGACCUCGGUGAUACGAUGACGCUUACCACCGACCAGUACCGAAAAUUGCAGGGCAUCAUUAACGAUCUGUCGGCACAGCUGCGGGAGAAGGAGAAUCUGCUUCAGCAUGCCGCCAGCAGCAUCGAAAAGAUGAAGGAAAGCUUUCGCAACGUGCUGGCGGAUCAGCAGCAGCAGCAACCGAACGGGAAGGAAAAUGGGAAAGCCGGUACGGAGGAGGGUGCCGAGGGCGAUAAAAAGCUGGAACAGAUCAAGCGAAAGCUGGAGCAUUGCGUGAGCAGCGUAUCGGUCGAUGACGAUCAGAGCUAUUUCAACACGUACUCACACUUUGGCAUCCAUCAUGAUAUGUUGAGCGACGAGGUGCGCACAUCCAGCUACCGCGAUGCGAUCCUGCGGAAUGCCGACAUAGUGAAGGAUAAAACCGUGCUAGAUCUGGGCUGCGGUACGGCCAUCCUGUCGAUGUUUGCAUCGAAGGCGGGAGCGAAGGAGGUCAUCUCGGUCGAUCAGUCCGACAUCAUCUACCAGGCGAUGGACAUUGUGCGGAAGAACAGCAUCGAGAACAUACGGUUCGUGAAGGGCCGGCUGGAGGACACGGAGCUGCCGGUGGAAAAGGUCGACAUUAUCGUGUCCGAGUGGAUGGGCUACUUCCUGCUGUUCGAGGGCAUGAUGGACAGCGUGAUUUAUGCCCGCAAGCAGUACCUGCGGGAGGGUGGCCUCAUAUUGCCGAACCGCUGCAACAUUAGCAUCGCCGGGUACGGUGAUCUCGAGCGGCACAACGAGUUCAUUGGCUUCUGGAAGAACGUGUACGGGUUCGAUAUGUCGUGCAUGAAGAAGGAGGUGCUGCGGGAAGCGACGGUCGAGGUGUGCAAACCGGAGCACAUCAUUACGAACGCGAACAUCAUUGCCAACUUCGACCUGAUGGAGGUCGAUGUCGACUGUCCGAACUUUAGCUACGACUUCGAGCUGAAGGUGAAACGGGACACACAGCUGACCGCCAUCAUCGGAUACUUUGACACGUUCUUCGAGCUGCCGGAGCACAUCGAAUUUUCCACCUCGCCGUACUCGCGGCCGACCCACUGGAAGCAGACCAUUUUCUACCUGGAGGAACCGGUCCCGGUGCGGGAGGGGCAAACGAUCGGCGGGAAGUUUGUGUGCCGCCGGGAUCCGAAGGAUGUGCGCUCACUCUUUAUUAACAUUGAGCUUUUGAACAUGGUUCUGAAGUAUACACUUAACUAGCAGGUAGGCAUACUGAUACUGAUCAGCUAAGAUGCACAACCGCUCGGGGUACCAGAGCGCGAGCAAGGGGGUGAAGUCACAAACAAGUCAAAUAAAAAUUGCAAUCGCGAAACCACUCCAAUCGGCAUGCUGCGGGAGUUGCGCAGUGGAUGGCGAGGCCGGAAGACAAGAAA